AUGUCUGAUACGCCGGUCAAAUCUUAUCCCAUCGACGUCAUGUCUGAUACGCCGGUCAAAUCUUAUCUCAUCGACGUCAUGUCUGAUACGCCGGUCAAAUCUUAUUCGAUCGACGUCAUGUCUGAUACGCCGGUCAAAUCUUAUCCCAUCGACGUCAUGUCUGAUACGCCGGUCAAAUCUUAUUCGAUCGACGUCAUGUCUGAUACGCCGGUCAAAUCUUAUUCCAUCGACGUCAUAUCUGAUAGGCCGGUCAAAUCUUAUCCCAUCGACGUCAUAUCUGAUACGCCGGUCAAAUCUUAUUCGAUCGACGUCAUAUCUGAUACGUUGGUCAAAUCUUAUUCCAUCGACGUCAUAUCUGAUACGCCGGUCAACUCUUAUCCCAUCGACGUCAUGGCUGAUACGCCGGUCAAAUCUUAUCCCAUCGACGUCAUGUCUGAUACGCCCGUCAACUCUUAUUCCAUCGACGUUAUGUGUGAUACGCCGUGUAACUCUUACUAA